CGCCCAUCUCUAAUGUAAACAUAUAAAGAUAAACAGUGUCGGUCAUUUGCAUUAUUAUUAAAUUAUAAAGCUAACUGGAAUAAAAAUCAUGAACAAAUAUGAACAAAGAUAUCGAAGGUUAAAGCGCAGUAUUAAAACUUACCUGCUGGAAAACAGCUCUAUUGCGGAUGAAAUUUGUCACGUUCAGGGAGAACUAACUGCAGCCCGCUCGGAGAGGCUGUUUUUAAUUGAACGACUCAUGUUCCAUGAAGGUCUCGCAAAAAACAACCAUAUCCAAAACUGUUCAACAAAUGAAAAAAGCGAAAUCAAGGAUAAAACCAAUGGAACUCCUAGUAGUAUAACGCAGGAUCAGACAUUACCUAAAACGAAUACCAUAGACAUUAAAUCAAAAAACACUUCAACUGCUCGUAAAAAGAAGUCAAUGUUUCCUAUUAACCUUACGAACAUUUUGCUGCACUGCCUGGGAGAGAUCAUUCCAGGGAAUCCGAAUUUCCACACAUCAUGCUGGAUAUAUCCCGUGGGAUAUGUAGCCACACGUAUAUAUGCACACCCCAAGGAUCCAAAAAAGAAAUGUGUUUUUACUUGUAAAAUACUUAAUAAUGCUGGAAUACCACAAUUUCAAAUAAUCCCCGACAAUGAUUUAGAUGGAGUCUUUUUCGGAGAAUCGGCUAACAUAUGCCACCAAGAACUUAUUACUACUAUUCAACGAUCUUUUAAGGACAAUACUAAGGCACACUUAAAAGUGCAGGGCGAAGUCUUUUUUGGUUUAUCAAAUGCAAAGACACAGUCACUUUUAAUGUUAGAUGCUAAUUUCAAAUGCUGUACCAAUUUUAAAGGAUUCAAUCUGCCUAAUAAUGAGAACAAUGACCCAGCACUAUCAUUUGAGGAACUUCAGACCUACUUAACGUAAAAGCAAACUGUACAUAAUUAUUUUAGUCAUUUUAAAUUUACAAAAAUAAAGCAAACAUAAAAGAUAUUGCAA